AUGCCAUGCACGAAGGUGAACGACGCUUUCCGGAACGCCUCUGAGAACUUAUCCAGCAGGAUCUUCCGUACUACUUCCCCGGCCUUUCCUGGUGUUGUGGCGGGCCUCGGGCUGCCGCUGGAUGCAGAAGUCCUCCGCAGCCCUCGGGCAGGCACAGGUCUCCCUCCGGUGGCGGAGGCAACGCAGACGGACUUUGACACCUUCUCCCGGCAGCUGAUGGGCGCUUUGGCAACCCUAGGCCAGAUCACGGGCUCGGGUUACACGGGGUUGACUGCGAACGGGAAUGCCUACCUCAACAGCUUCUGCUGCAACACGGUCCGGAAGGCGGGUAUCGACCUAAGCCUAAGUCCAGCGGACGACAGCACCAUUAAGGUUGGGGGGGUCAGUAUCGACAUGGCUAGCCUUCUGGCUGCCAUUCCAGCCGCCUUCCCCGCGGGCUCCUCCGCCGCCACCGCCGCCAAGACUGCCGUCAACGCCGCAGGCCAGGCCCUAAGCGCGCUUGGGGAAUCCAUCACGGGCCUGCCGAGGUGCAGCUUGCUUGACUGGCUGGCGUUUGCGCUUCAGGGCGACCCGCAGCUGGCGCAGCAGUUCAGUCAAUUGAUCAGAGCCUCGCUGGGCUUGAACGCGGGGCUCUUCACGCAAGCAUUGGCCGGAGCCAACCAGGCCGCCAACAAUGCGGCCGGCAUCCUCAGCACCCUGGGCUAA